UUAUUUUCAGAUAUUAAUAAAGAAACCUAUAGUUAUAAAUCAGGUUCUAAAAGUUUACAAGUUUUGGGUUUUACUGAUUUACAUAAAAUACAUCGUUCAUGUUGGAUGAAUGGGGGAUCUUACAUUUUUAAACCAGCUGAUGAAGAGAGUACUCUUGCAUUUGAAGCAUUAUUCAAUGUGAUGUCUCAGAAAAAAAUUGUUAUGAUUGUAAGGAAAGUUUAUAUGUUAAAUAGUUUACCUAGCGUUGGAAUCAUGUAUCCAGUAAAUAACAAUGACCAAAAUGUUUUUAUGUUUGCAAGUUUACCUUAUGCUCAAGAUUUACGAAAACAACUGUUGCCUUCAUUUGAAAAUUAUAAACCUAAUGAAAAACAAAAGGAUGUUAUUUUUAAUUUAAUAAAAUCAAUGGAUUUAGAAAAAAAUGAAGGUAAUGAAUAUUUUGUUCCUGAAUAUACACAUAGUCCUCAACACCAGCUUUUGAAUUAUUUAAUAGCAAAGAAGGCUCUUAAUCCACAUGAAACUUUGGCAAGUGAAAUUCCUGAAAAUAUCAAACAACAAUUGUUUCCUCCUUCAGAAAUUACCGAACAUUCUUAUCAAUUCUUAAAUGAGAUCAAAAAUUGCUUUAAACUUGUUUCAAAUGUUGAACAAAUAAAUGAAAUUAAAGACUACUUAAAUGUAGUUGGUGCUAAAAACAAUAAAACUUAUGAUAAUAUAAGUAAACCAUGUGUAAUAACUGAGUUAAGUCCAGUUGAUGAUUUCAACAAACUUUUGGAAGAAGGCUUUGAUUCUGGAAUAGUAUGCGAAAAAAUGAAAAAAUUAACUAUAAAUCUCAUAGAAACUAGUAAUAACUUGGAAGAAUUAGAGAAACCUAUAUCCACUUUAAAAACUCUAAGACAAUUUUAUGUUUACAAUAAGGAUGUCAAUUCUUACAACAAUUGGAUGUACCAUGUAAAAGAUUCAAUUCUUUUGACGGGUAAACAAGAAAUGUGGCCACAAUUUAUUGAAAGAGGUAUUGGAUUAAUUACAAACAUUGAAGUAGAGAAUUGUACUGUAUCACAAGAAAUGGCAAAUGAUUUCACUAAAGUUAUUAUAUUUGAAGAUUUAGAAGAAAUUGUUUUUGAUGAUGAUAAUGAUGAUAUGAUGUAUGAAUUUCUUUAACUUAUUUUGUGAAGAAUUUUGUGAUAUAUUAAGCUAACUUAUUAAUUUUUAUUUUUGUAAAUUAGAAUUUAUAAUAAAUGUUAAAUAUUAUUUUUUUAAAUAAAGUUAAUUUACCAAGAUUUAAUUAAAAUUUGUUUAUUACG